UCCAUAUCCCGGCUCCCAAACAAACCCGGCCCUUGUGCUAACCCUAAAGCAAAUCAUUACACAAAAAGAAGCAAUAAACCCACCCCAUCACUCACUCACUCGGUACUCGCUCGAGCCAUGGAUCCGUACUCGUUCUCUUCAUCGGCAGCGAUGGCGCAGAAGACAUGGGAGCUGGAGAACAACAUCGUGACCAUGGAGACUCCGGCGUCUGCGGAGUCCGACGCCAUCUUCUACUACGACGAUUCGGCUCAGACCAAGUUCCAGCAAGAGAAACCAUGGUCCAACGACCCUCACUACUUCAAGCGAGUCAAGAUCUCUGCCCUAGCCCUCCUCAAGAUGGUCGUCCAUGCUCGCUCCGGUGGAACCAUCGAGGUCAUGGGACUCAUGCAAGGGAAGACUGAUGGCGACGCUAUCAUCGUCAUGGAUGCUUUUGCUUUGCCUGUUGAAGGGACGGAGACUAGGGUUAAUGCUCAGGCUGAUGCGUAUGAGUAUAUGGUUGAUUAUUCGACGACUAAUAAGCAGGUAUGUGAAAUUAACCCUAAAUUACUGUCAAAAUUGAAGAAUUGUGAAAACCCUAGUUUGAUUGAGAAGAGAUGGAAUAGUUUUUUUUUUUGGAAUUGGAAUUGGAGAUUUCAAUUCCAAAUUAUAGCAGGCUGUACCACUGGCGGCAUAUGCCACGCGCUCGCACGAGCCUUCGCCGCCGAGAAAUGCGUGGUGGUGGCGACGAGUCGGUCUCGGUCGUCCAUGGCGGACCUGGAAGAGGACUCAAGGUUCUUCCUUCAAGAGCUCGACGUGUUGUCCGAUGAGAGCGUCCAAAACGUUCUCUCCAAUGUUCUUCAAGAGUUUGGACGCAUCGAUGUCCUCGUCAACAAUGCUGGGGUCCAAUUCGUAGGACCUCUUGCUGAGAUCCCUCUUUCUGCAAUUCAAGCUACUUUCAAUACCAAUGUUUAUGGUACCAUGAGAUUGAUACAAGCUGUGGUGCCUCACAUGGCCUCUAGAAAGAAGGGUAAGAUUGUAACUGUGGGAAGUGUUUCUGUUUUGGCCCCUCCACCAUGGGCAGGUGCUUACACUGCAUCUAAGGCUGCUCUGCAUGCACUAACUGAUUCCUUGAGAUUGGAACUUAGGCCAUUUGGGAUCGAUGUUAUCAAUUUAACUAUCUGCGGCUCCAACUUUGCUUUUGAAUUUGUAAGUUACUCGACAUUAGUUGGUUUUUCUCUAUUCCAAGGUGCGAAGCAGUUUCAGGAUAUAUAUGUAUAUAAAAGGCGAAUAGUACGUGAUGCGUAUUGGAAAUGUUAUUUGGAUAACCACUUCUUUGUUGGUUUGCAGGAAGAGUCUCAACUUGCAAAGAUUACACGAGAUAGUGCAAAGAUUACUGUUGAGCAGGUCCAUGGUCUUAUGUCUCAGGUUAUCAAGGAUACGCUUUUCAACUCUGUUCGGCAGAUUAACAGACCUCACGCAGAAUUAUCGGGUCCUGAACCCAUGGUUGAAAGCUGAUGAUGGGUUUUUAGUGCAACUGAUGAAUGCUUUACUUCUCACCAAGUUAAUGAAGUUUUGUUACUGAAGUUUAUGUAAAUGCGAUACUUCUCUACUUUGAAUUUAAACCACAUUUUGGACUCCUCCAUGAGGUAAAGGUGAUGCUAACUGGAGGUGAUCUGCCUCCUUUCAGUACAUUUUCAUAUUUAUUUAUUCUUGUAUUUAUUGAAUU